AUAAAUAGUUCGAAUUGUUGAACUAACGCUGGCGCUCCCGCUCUAUUGAAGCUAGUGACAAUCCGAAACAAUCGGCAUCCCUUCGGCCCGAUAACUUGAGACUGCCCCAGCCCGGUCAUUCAUGAGCAAUUCAAGCCGUCAGCGUACUUUUUAUUAUAUUUUUCUAGUGGAAUAACUCUUCUUCUAAUCGUUGUUGAAUAGUAUUCUAAGAUAAAUCACACACUGCCAGCUGUAGGCGUCAAUUUUUGUGGUUAGGUUUCAUAUAAAGUUAUAUCAAUCAGUUUACAAUUCACCGAAAAAAAUCUCAGUUUCAGAUAUACCCGCAUCAUUGCUUCCCAGCCCAGUGAAUAGCCUAACCAUUCCAAGCAGAGGGUGCGCUUCAGAAUAUUGUGAUCCUUAGACGGAGUUUUUCUUCACUUAGGCAAUGAAGCAUCAUACUGAAAUAUUUGUAGGGUAUCUAUCUCCAUUAUAUCUUAGACACCUGACUCCCUAUCAAUGCAUCAAUGCAUUGCUUUAUAUUACAUGGUUGAGAUUCAAGUAACCCGUGCAUCUAUUUUCCAUUUUAAAACCCGUAAAAGGACAAUUGCCCGUGGAACAAUCUCACCAACAGUCAAUCUGAAGUAGGCUCAACUAAAACAGUCCCUAUACUAGAAAAAAUAUAUCCUCAAGAUCACAUACAAAGGGUUGAUCGAGGUUUCCGACCUUCACAUAUGCCUCUCAGGUACCUAUAGGUAGGUCUGCGACACAAAACAAACAGAUGCAAACAUCCACUCUAUAGUUACCACCAAUGAGGCGCUUUCCGGUUGGAGCGGACUUAAAUGCAUGGACAGUAUCAACCAGGCAAUGAUCCUCUGUCAUCGGCUUCGCAAUUUCAAAUUCCAUUCUGAUCUUGACCGAAAAUACGUACUGUUCACGUUCACGUUUACCGCUACUGCUCUUAACUACGAGCUCCGGAUCCAAUACCCCGCCAUUCAUCCCGCCACCUACGCCUGUAGACUCCACCAUGUCCAAACCAUCCCUAACUCAACCCAAAUUGAGUGACCAUUUCUCCAAAUUCCAACUGGAAAACCAGGCUGAAGCAUGGGAUGAGCUCUGGAAGAACGAAACCACACCCUGGGAUCGCGGAGAGUAUAACCCCGCACUCGAGGAUACCCUUCUCCAGCGCCGCGGGCUCCUGGGAACUGCACUUCAAGAUGACGAGGUAACAGCAGCACCGCGGGGAGCAGAGAGUAACGGCAGGAGGAGGAAAAGAGCUCUUGUUCCCGGAUGCGGGCGGGGUUUUGAUGUUUUCCUGCUGGCAGGGUUUGGAUAUGAUGCGUACGGGUUAGAAUACAGUGAGACUGCUGUGGAGAUUUGCCGCCAGGAAGCUGCUAGGGUUGGGGAUAAUAUUCCAGUGCAGGAUCAGCGCAUAGGUAAAGGGAAAAUUACGUUUGUUCAAGGGGACUUUUUUAAGAAUGACUGGUUGGAGACGAUUGGUGUUAAGGAGGGAGGGUUUGAUCUCAUUUACGAUUAUACGUUCUUCUGUGCAUUGAACCCGGCCCUUCGCCCGCGAUGGGCCGCCCGUAUGACCCAGUUGCUGGCGCCGUCGCCAAAUGGAAACCUAAUCUGUCUCGAGUUCCCUGCUGCGAAGGACCCAGCAGCAGCAGGGCCUCCGUUCGCAUCCCCUCCCGCAGCUUACAUGGAACAUCUUAGCCAUCCUGGAGAGGAUAUUCCGUAUGAAAACGGCCAUAUUAAAACGGAUCCGUUGAAAGAGGCGAGUCCUGCUGGACUGGAGCGCGUCGCCCAUUGGCAACCAGAGAGGACACACGAGGUCGGUAAAGACGAUAAUGGAAAUGUCCAGGACUGGGUAGCAAUUUGGCGUCGCCGAGAUUAAUAUGGAAAAAGGUGUUUGUGGAAUUGUCGGCCUGAUGCCGUCAUUUGUUCGGCGUUAUUCGGAAACUCCCCUCUGUAUAAUUUCCAAAUUAAAUACUCUGAUCUUCAAGAAGCUUUUGCUAGGGCGUUGUAAUGUUCCCCCAAUCCAUACGUGUGUCGAUAAUAGGCGAGCCAUAUUGUUUUGUUGUCUUCCUUGUUGUUAUUUUGGGGUUCAAAUUUCUCGAUUCGUCCAUCUCCUUGGACAACAUUAACAUGGACAUUGUAUGCUUGGGCAAUAGCCUGUAGUUCUAGCUGACCUCCCCAUUCUGCAGUGGCUCUUAUUUUGUGAACGUACGUAGGCAAGGGUUCUUCGAUAAAUGGCGCAAAAUCGUCUGCGUGGCUUGUAAUAUAUCUGGCCGUCGUAUCUCUAACGGUUUGAUACCCGCAUUUGGGGCCUGACCCUUCCUUAGUUGACGGAGACGCGCUUAGAGGGAUACCCUUGUCCCCAAGUUGAGUAGCAACAGCGGCAUAGAGACAAUGUCCGUCAGGGCGAAUUUCCGUCUCUUUUAGCCCAAGGCGAGAGAAUACUGCAUCCAUGUUCUUCCUCUCGUUGCCCCUAUGAUCUG